GAGGAAACAGACCAUUAAAACAAAGUUACUUAGUGCCUUCUAAAACAUACAUACUGUUUCUAUAAGUAAGCAUAAAAACUACAAUAACUAAGCCAUUAAUCCUUAAUAAAACUUUUUUUUUUUCUUUAAUCCGUAUCUCUGUUCCCUGGCAGGGGAUAUUACAGCUGCUCACUGCUACCAAGACCUUUCCUUUUCCAGUGCAGAUGCUCUUGGCACUACUAGGCUGAACCUGGAACCUCUUUACAGCUGGAUCAACAAGAUUCAUGAAUACUCAGGCACUAAGGAAUCUGGGCAGCUAUCCAAGAAAUGGCAGGACCCAGCUGCUGAAUCUAAGGCUCUCCCAGGUUUUUGUGCUGAAAACACAACUAUUCAGAUUGCUUUAUGCUCUAAUAUGAGCACAUUAAAGACUAUGAAACAAAAAAAAUCCUGCUCUGUUGAUAAAAAACAUAUUUUAGCCUUUUUCCUCCUCAUGCAGCCAGUUCCAAUGCUGCUCCUCACAGAAUUGCACACGCUAUCGCUCAGCAGCUGCUGCUUGACCCAUCCUUUUGGAUGAGAAUUUGAUUUUCCUCUGCUCUUGCCCUCCUUGUGAGUAGCAAUGUAUGGGGACAGAGCUGAUCUGGGGUUAUUUUCUGAAGGGCUCAGGUCACAGACAGCAUUUGUUCUCUCUGCCACAGCUCCGAGCAGAGCUGGGAAAGCAGGUACAACAGCCGCAGAUCCACGGACUGACCGUGGGAGGGAAACAGAAGAGGAAGGGCGUGUGGAAACUGAACAGCAGCUGCUUUGCCUCUGCUCCAAGCUCCCAGGGUAGCCUCAUCCUCAGCCCUUCUGGCACGGACUUUUUCUCUGCCACAUAAGUUUCUCCAGCACCAACUGCUAAACCUGCAGUUACCUCUUGGAUGAGACAAAUUCCUCAACCCCCUUUUUUGCCAGUUCCUGGAAGAAUCUGCACCAGAGACAGACAGAGCUUGGAAGAAUCAUCUGAAGAAAACUGCUCCCCUAAGGAAAGACACAGAGCACUGGAAAACCCAAGCAUUCAGCCUCUGGCCACCACUAACAAACAUAGACCUGCCCAACAGCAGUCAGGGCUACAGGGACUGCUCCCUGCCUUCCAAGCAGCCUGGCUCCAUGGGGGAGCAGGAAGACAACUUUGUGCUUUCCCUUGGAGCCAACACCAGCAAGUGCAGCAUUGAGACUAACCAAACAGGGGCCACAACAUGCUGGUCAGGAGCAACCAGGGGCGACCCGGAGGUGGUGAUUGUACUGGUGCUUUUUGGGUUGAUUUUCCUCCUGGGAAUGGUGGGAAACACCUUGGUGUUGGUUGUUUUGGGGUGUCUCCGGCCUGGGGGACCCGUCUUCAUCCUGAACUUGAGCAUUGCAGACUUCUCCUUUCUGCUCUUCUGUGUUCCCUUCCAGGCCACCAUCUACUCCCUGCCAGAGUGGAUCUUCGGUGCCUUCUUUUGCAAGUGGGUUCACUACUUGGCCAUGGCAACAAUGCUGGUCAGCAUCUUUACUCUGGUGGCUAUGUCUGUGGACAGAUACAUUGCUGUGGUCCAUGCCAAGCGUUCACCCUGCAUCCGCAGCAAGCGCAACACUGCCCUCGGCGUGGCUGUCAUUUGGCUGCUGUCUCUACACAUUGCCAUCCCUGUGGCCCAGCACCAGGUCCUCAUGAGUGGUCAUCAGCAAGCACCCAACAGCUCCUUCUGCUGGGAGCACUGGGCAAAUGGUUCAACAGCCAAGCAGAUGUACAAGAUUACCAUCCUGCUGGUGGGAUACCUCCUGCCCCUGGUGCUCAUCAUCUGCUGCUAUGCCAAGGUUUUAUAUCAUCUCCAUAUGAAAGUAAAGAACAUUUCCAAGAAGUCAGAGAGAUCAAAGGAGAAGACAGCACAGACAAUGCUUCUUGUGAUUGCCGCAUUCCUGCUCUCCUGGCGGCCACACCACAUCAUCACGAUGUGGGCAGAGUUUGGGCAGUUUCCCCUGAACAACAUCUCCUUCACCUUCCGCAUCAUCUCUCACUGCUUAGCCUAUGGGAACUCUUGCAUCAGCCCCAUCAUUUACGCUUUCCUCUCGGAAAACUUCCGCAAGGCCUGCCAGCAAGUCUUCACCUGCAAGUUCUUCCUGCAGCCGGUUCCCACUGAGAAACUGGUUAGAAUACGCAUGGAGAACUUCUCUGCCACGCACUUGACCACUAAUGUGUAAACUGUGCUCUCAAAUACA